AUGUCGGCCUUCAGUCGCAACCUCUGCAGCACCGCAUCCCGCACCAUCAGACAGCGAGCUAGCAUCGCCUGCAAAGCGACGCGACCAAUUGCUCUGACCGCCGCCCGCACUCCCCUCCUUCAGCGUGCUGCCAUUGCCGCUCCCUUCUCGACAUCCUCUUCCUUCCGCAGCAUGGCUCCUAUUGUGCCGAGCAACCGCGAAUUCGACCCCGAAAUCAAGGACAUCGCCAAUUAUGUGCACAAUGUGGCAGUGGAUACCCCCCUCGCUAUUGACACCGCGCGGUGGAUCUUAAUAGACACUCUGGGCUGCGGUCUGAAAGCACUUGAAUUCGAGCAAUGCACGAACAUCCUCGGCCCCGUAGUGGAAGGCACCGUGGUGCCAAAUGGUACAAAGGUGCCCGGCACGUCGUACCAGCUCGACCCUGUCAAGGGCGCUUUCAACAUUGGUGCUACUAUCCGGUGGUUGGACUUCAACGACUGCUGGCUCGCUGCUGAGUGGGGUCACCCCUCAGACAACCUCGGAGCUAUUCUAGCUGUUGCGGAUUGGGCAUCGCGGACAAACAAGAACGGCGGAAAAGUAGGCAAUGGCAAGGUGUUCAAGAUCAGGGAUGUGCUCGAAGCCAUGAUUAGGGCGCACGAGAUUCAAGGCUGCUUGGCCUUGGAGAACUCGUUCAACAAGGUCGGUCUGGACCACGUUUUGUUGGUCAAGGUUGCCUCCACUGCCGUUGUGUCUCAGAUGCUCGGCUUGACCGAGUCUCAAACCCGGGAUGCCGUGUCCCAGGCAUGGGCUGACGGUCAAGAUUUGAGGACAUACAGACACUCGCCCAACACCAUGUCGCGAAAGUCAUGGGCUGCAGGUAAUGCCUGCGAAAGGGCUGUCAACCUUGUCCUGAAGGUGGCUGGUGGUGAGGGUGGAAUGCCCACAGUUCUGUCAGCUCCAACAUGGGGUUUCUACGAUGUGAACUUUGGUGGCAAGCCCUUCCAGUUCCAAAGACCAUAUGGCAGCUACGUCAUGGAGAACGUGCUGUUCAAGGUCUCUUACCCAGCUGAAUUCCACUCCCAAACCGCUGUCGAGGCCGCCCAGAAGCUCAACAAGAAGCUAAAGGCGCUGGGCAAGACUGCCGAAGACAUUGAAAGCGUUGUAAACAGGACUCACGAAGCUUGCAUCCGUAUCAUCGACAAGCAAUUCAAGCCCAUGGACAAUUUCGCCGACCGUGACCAUUGCGUCCAGUAUAUGGUAUCCACCAUGUUUGUGUUCGACCGUCUAGAAGCUAGCGACUACUCCGAUGGCGGCGAGGCGGCAACAUCAGCGCUCGUCGAGUCUCUCCGACAACGUAUUUCUUGCGUAGAAGACCCCCAGUUCACCGCCGACUACCAUGACCCAGAGAAGCGCACCAUUUCCAACGCUCUGACCGUGAAGCUAAAGGAUGGAACCGUCCUCGACGAGGAAGUUGUUGAGGUUCCGUUGGGCCACAGGCUCCGACGUGAAGAGGCGAAGCCCCAUAUUCUCGAAAAGUAUAAGAGGCAUCUCGGACCGCAUUUCCCGGCGGAACACGUCGAUAAGCUCGUCAAGCUCGGCACGGAUGCCAAGACCUUGGAUGAGAUGGACGUUGACACAUACGUCGACCUAUAUGUGAAGAACUAA